AUGGCAGUGGAGUCGAGAUGGAUGCCGUGUCAGCUGAAAAUCGAGCUGAACAUCUGCAGCUGCGACUACGACGGCAUAAUCCUAGUGUCGGGUUGCGCCCCCGGGUUCGACGAGCCAGAACCCUUUAAAACGGUGCUGUACGCCGCUGCACAGAUCGAUUCCGCUCUGGGCAUCAUCGGGGCGGUUUUGCCCAUCAAUCUACCCGCCAAGAGGCUCAUCUACAGUCCCACUGGCCCGCUCAACAUGGACUACCACGACGUACGGAGCUUCGCCGAAGCGGCCACCAAAGGAGUCCAAAGAGCAUUGAAAGCUGGCGUCAGAUGUCCGCUGUUUGCGCUUCUGCCGGACAUCCGCUUUGAGAACGUCGAACUCGUCACGCUGCUUGGCGCUCUCGAGGGCCUCUAUGUGCCGCUGGAGGUGCGAGAGAUAUGCCCGGAUCGUUGCUACAAGGCGUGUCAGCUGGCCGUCUGGAGUCCGAUCUGCAGCAAGAAGCUUCAGGGUAUCGUGAAGUUGGCCUCGGCGCUCGAGAGCGGAAGAUACGUGGCGAGGGAUAUCGGUGGCGCGGACCCGGAAAGAAUGGCGCCGCCGAGGGUGGAGGAGUACCUGGCCGAGUUGUUCUGCGGUUCGAACGUGACGAUGCAGGUGGUAUCCGACCAGGAUACCCUGUUGCAGGAGUAUCCUCUGUUCGCGUGCGUGAAUCGGGCCGCGUCAAUGAUCCCCCGCCACGCUGGCAGGAUUAUCUUCCUGACCUACGAGCCCCCUAAUCCUGCCUGCGUUCUGGAGACGGUUAUGCUCGUGGGAAAGGGUGUCACUUACGACACCGGCGGCGUUGACCUCAAAAUCCAGGGCACAAUGUUUGGCAUGUCGAGGGACAAAUGUGGGGCGGCGGCGUGCGCUGGAUUCAUGCAGGUGGUGAAUUUACUGCAGCCGCCGACGGUUAAAGCGGUGGCGGCUUUGUGCGUGGUGAGGAACAGCAUCGGCGAGAAUUCUUACGUUUCCGACGAGGUGAUCACGGCGAAAUCCGGCGUCAGAGUACGUGUCGGGAAUACGGACGCCGAGGGCCGGAUGGCGAUGGCCGACGCCCUCUGCCACGUCAAAGAAAUGGCCCUGUGCUCGGUCAAUCCCCACAUAUUCACCGUCGCGACGCUAACCACCCACGCGGUGCUCACCGCUGGUCGAGGAUACUCGAUCGCCAUGGACAAUGCCGUGGCGCGUUUAGUGAGCAACGCGGAGAAGCUUCAGGCCUCUGGCGAGACGAUGGGCGACCCAUUCGAGAUAUCGAGGAUACGCAGGGAGGACUUCCGGUUCCACGAAGGUCUGACGGAAGGCGACGACGUCCUCCAAGCGCAGGACAAACUGUGCACGGGUACGGAAAGAGGCCAUCAAGGACCGUCGGCUUUUCUGAUCCUGGCGUCCGGGCUGGACAAUCACGGAGCCUGUAGCUGUUCCCCCUUAAAAUACACGCACAUAGACAUAUGCGGCCAUCUACCGAAACCACACCACCUACCCUACAGCGGCAACCCCGUUUUGGCACUGUCCUACUGCUACCUCAUUCAAGGCAAGUGCCUGACGGUCCGAAACGACCUGCCCUUUGAGAUGCAAUAUGUCUGCGAAGUGGACUGCAAGCCAGUGUGUCUGCAACCUUGCCAACCAUGCCCACCUUGCCCCGUCCCGUGCGAGGUCAAGGUCCCUUGCGCACCAGGAACCUGUUCCUGUUGUCCCCCGUGCGAUCCCUGUUGUUUACCGAACUGUUAUCAACCUCCACCCUGUCCACCCUGCAUUGUGCCGUCCAACUGUCCACCGUGUGGCGCCGAGCCGGUGACAGUCGUCGAACCGAUAUGCAAACCGAACGUUCAAAGGAACGUAUGCUGA